UAGGCGGUUUCUUAUCAGCGCCUCUCGUAGCCACUCUUCGCUUUAGGAUCUUUGGUCUACCUAGUAUCGUCAAAUAUCGCGGUAGCCGCCUCCCUAUCUCUACGCAAUGUGCCGUGCUGCUUCUAGCGGCGCUGGUGACAGUGCUGAAAGCUGUUGGGUAUGAAGUGAAACCGAACUGAAUUUUUGUACCAUCCGCAACUGCUUCAAGUUCAGAUCAAAUCAAAGAAACUGAAGACAAACCUCCCAAAACAAAGUCAACACUGAAGAAGCGUUGGUGAAAAAGGAUCACUUCAAGGAUUUAAACGCAAGAAGUAACCAAAUCCUGAAACGACCAAAGAAUACGCACAUCAUCCCAACUGCGAAGUGGAAGAGAAGCAAACUUGCGCCCAAGCAUAUUCUGAGAAGACCAUAGUUGAUCUGAAACCAGAAGUUUGUGCCUACUCAACAGCUUUGACAAAGCACACGUCCCAACGCUGCUCCUAGCCCUCCUCAUCCUCACUACACCGCCGACUCACCACCGGGGUGUGGAGUGGGCUGCUAUCUGCUAGUUGUUGUUGUUGGUUUUUUGUUUUGUUUUUGUUUUUUUCCUUUUCCCCACUCCCAUAGCUCCCUUCCCCAACUUACCCCCUCUUUUUUUCCCCUCCUUUUUCCUGAGCAGUGUUUUUUGCACCUGCCUUUGCCUUUUGUUUUAUUUUUGCUCUAGAUUUCUAUCUCCACCCCCCCUUUUUUAUUUUUUACUUUAUGCAACGAUCUAGAACUUGUGCCAGAAACUGUAACAAGUGUGCGUGUUCAACUGUGUGCGUGAAGAGGUCCACAAAAACUGCUAGUUCAUCAAAAUCCUGAGAGAUAAAGACACAAGGCGACCAAUAAAGACAUCCAGCGGUGUAUCAUUGGGUGGUUGCAUAAGAAUAGUAUUUAACACUAAGCAAAAACAAAAACGUAUAUCAAAGUUCAGCAAGUGCUCAAGCAAGUUUUGUUCAAGUUUAUGGGAAAAUAUGGGCAGCCCCUGGAAAGGCUUUGUUGAGUUUACCUUGCCUGCGUCGCCACCCACCGCGUUUGUUAGCGCUGACCUGAGCAGCACCUCCCCUGUCGGACUCAGCCUGUCGCCAUAUGGCCGAUCCAUGAGUUUUGACCCAGGCAUGCUCCACAACAAUGGGCACACUGCAUAUGCCAAUGGCUCAGGGCCUGGCAUUAGAGAGACUGGUGUGGUGGAGAAGCUCUUGACUUCCUACGGGUUUAUCCAGUGCUCUGAACGUCAGGCUCGUCUCUUCUUCCACUGCUCCCAGUACAAUGGCAACCUGCAGGAGCUUAAAAUAGGAGAUGAUGUAGAGUUUGAAGUUUCCUCUGACAGGCGCACUGGCAAGCCCAUAGCAGUGAAGCUGCUUAAGAUAAAGCCAGAAGUGCUGCCAGAGGAGCGCAUUUCGGGCCAGGUGGGGCCAGACCUGCACGCCUAUCCCUUUACUGUGCUGCAUGGUUAUAUUCAUCCAGUUGUGUCAUCAAUCCCGUUGCAUUUGGAUGGAAAGUCUGCUCCUGGACAGGUGCCCACUGGCAGUGUCUGCUAUGAAAGAAAUGGGGAAGUAUUUUACCUUACAUAUACUCCUGAUGACGUGGAGGGAAAUAUCCAUUUGGACACGGGGGACAAAGUCAGCUUCUAUAUGGAGACCAAUAAGCAUACUGGUGCAGUCAGCGCUCGUAAUAUUCAGCUUGUGAAGAAAAAGCAGAUGAGGUGCCAGGGUGUAGUGUGUGCUACAAAGGAGGCCUUUGGAUUCAUUGAAAGAGCAGAUGUGGUGAAGGAGAUCUUCUUUCACUACAGCGAGUUCAAAGGUGAUCUAGAGGCUCUUCAGGCUGGAGAUGAUGUGGAGUUCACCAUCAAAGAUAGAAAUGGUAAAGAAGUAGCAACAGACGUGAGGCUCCUCCCUCAAGGAACAGUCAUCUUUGAGGAUAUCAGCAUUGAGCAGUUUGAAGGCACCGUUGUAAAGGUCAUUCCCAAAGUCCCCACCAAGAACCAGAAUGACCCUCUGCCCGGUCGUGUCAGUGUAAGGAUGGGUUUCAAUGACAAGGAACUUCCGUUUGGCGAGAAGGACACAAAGACCAAGGUGACUCUUUUGGAGGGAGACCACAUACAAUUCAACAUCUCUACUGAUCGUCGAGACAAGCUUGAGCGGGCUACCAACAUCGAAAUCUUGCCAGACACUUUCAAGUUCACCAAGGAGAAUCGUGAAAUGGGGGUGAUUGCAGCUAUACGCGAUGGCUUUGGAUUCAUUAAGUGUGUGGAUCGGGAUGCCAGGAUGUUCUUUCACUUCAGUGAAGUCCUAGAGGAGGGCCAGCUUCAUAUCUCAGAUGAAGUGGAGUUCACUGUUGUGCCUGUAGGUCCUGUUUAUAAGCUUUUCAAAAAAGAUAUGCUGUCAGCUCAGAGAAACCACGCAGUGCGCAUUAAGAAGCUUCCGAAAGGCACAGUGUCUUUCCAUAUCCAGUCUGAGCAACGUUUUGUGGGUGUAGUGGAAAAGGAAGUUGUUGGAAACACCGCCAAGAACAUCAGUCCCACCAAGGGCAAGGAGAAGAAAAAAGAUAAGGAGUCUGAGGAGGGAGUGAUUGCAUAUGAAGACUGUGGAGUGAAGCUCACUGUGCCAUACCAUGCCAAGGACCUAGAGGGAGGAAGUCACCCACAGGUUGGGGACAAGGUGGAGUUCUCAAUCAAUGAAGUGAAGCGAACUGGCCAACAGAGUGCCGUCUCCAUCCGGGUCCUCAACCGUAAUGCCUCUGGUGCCAAGAGACUGCAUGGAUUCGUUGCUGCACUGAAAGAUAACUUUGGUUUCAUUGAGACAGCAAAUCAUGACCAGGAAGUGUUCUUUCACUACAGUGAAAUGUGCGGAGACUUGGAUAACUUGGAUCUGGGAGACACAGUGGAAUACAAUCUCUCAAAGGGAAAAGGAAACAAAGUCAGUGCUGAAAAGGUCACCAAGGUUUCUGCAGUGAAUGGCAUUGGUGAAGAUGUUGGUGGGACAGUGAUGACAGGGAAAGUUAUCCGUCCUAUACGCAGUGUUGACCCCUCCCAGACUGAAUACCAAGGACUUGUUGAGUUCUCAGAGGAAGGAGGAUCAAAAAUGCAGAAUUAUCCAUUUGGAAUCAUGAGUAUGGCAAACAAGUCUGAUUGUUUGCAAAAAGGAGAACAGGUGAAGUUCCAGGUUUGCACAAUAACCCAGACUGGACAGAAGAUGGCCUGUAAUGUGGUUCCGCAGCGUAGAGCCAUGGUGGAGUGUGUUAAAGACCAGUUUGGCUUUAUCACAUACGAAGUUGGUGAUAGCAAGAAGUUAUUCUUCCAUGUAAAAGAAGUGCAAGAUGGUCUGGAGCUUCAGACUGGGGAUGAAGUGGAGUUCUCAGUUGUCCUCAAUCAACGCACAGGAAAAUGUAGUGCCUGCAAUGUACGCAGAGUCAGUGAGGGCCCUAAACCAGUGGCGACUCCACGUCCUGACCGCCUGGUGAACAGACUCAAGAGUAUCACGCUUGAUGAUGCCAGUGCUCCUCGCCUGGUCAUUGUAAGGCAGCCUCGUGGUCCUGACAAUUCAAAGGGCUUCAAUGUGGAGCGAAAGACUCGCCAGCCUGGUGUCAUUGACUGAGCAAUACAGGGCCUACCCCCAUUUGGUGUUGGAGGGAUGCUGUUGCCGAGAGCAGCAGCAGGGGAUAAGGGAAUUUAAUUUGACACAUGCUUGUACACAAACUCAUCCGCAAAACAUACGCACACAUACAGUAAUUGGCAUGUGUAAUCUUUGUCCCCAGUCUGCAGUGGAACUUUUCUUAUUCCACAGUUCCCUGCCUCACAUGUAUGAUGUACUUGAUACAGAGUUCCACGCUGCAGUGUACAUGGGGACCUCUGAGUGUGUGCGUAUGAUGUAUCCUAGAAUUGAUUAGUGUGUAAUGGAGGUAUUUGUUUCUAAGGGGCUUGUUCCCUCCAAGUCAGAGUGGUGACUGUGUGGCUGUCUACGUCCUGAUUUUCUGCUUUGUCUGGAAUUCUGCACCUGUAAUCUGUCCGCUAGUUUGACUGGGCGAGUGAGUCUGAUUGUUGGCAUGUGUUUGAACCUCGGCUCCAUAUUCGUUCUUACUUUUUGCUCCCUUACCGAUGGAAACGUAAUAACUUCGCUAUCAGGUUUCCACUCCUGUAUGCUUUCCUACAAAACGCAUAAAGCAAAGCUCCCUCCAUAAGGAGGAUCAUAUUUCUCAUAUGUGCAAGCUUAAACUGAGGAUUCUUCUCUGCUCGGUUUUUUUGAGCAGUUUUUAAAAUGCUUUAUUGAAGUGGAAGCAUGGCGCGUGUGUGAUGUAUGUGAAUGUCAAAGUAGUUAAUCUAAUGAGAUUUACUUCCACCAGUCUGGAGUUUUGAGAUGCCUUUUUGGUAUUCACAUGCUCCACUUCAGCAUUUCUUUUUCUUCCUCUUUUCUCUCUCCCCUCCCAGGUGCAGAAUUCCUUGUGGCAUCUUAUAUCUGCAGAUCUUUUAUACCUUUUGUUUGUUUGUUUCUUGCACAUAUUUUUUUUUUUUUUUCUUCUCCAUCGAAACUUAAUCUGCUAAUAUUAAGAAUAAGGUGCCUAAACUGAAAGCAAAACGAAAUAAAGAAAAACAAAAAAAAAAUUAGAUGUGUCCUCUGAUUCCAGCCAACCGCCAAAAUAUUCAGAACAAUCUUAGGGUGGCUUUCUCUUAAAGUAGGAAAAAUACUGAUAUGCAUCCCAAACCUGUGGGUUCACGUAUACUGUACGUAAUGUGUGCUCUGCUUUUUUUUUUUUUUCCUUUUUUUUUUUUUUUUUUUAAAGUGGAAUUUGGAAACUUCAAAUAUAAUGAAACCAAUGUAACUUACAGGAAAAGGGGUGAAGUAUUAGAAAGUCAGUUUUUAAGAAAAACUGCAUUAAAAAUCAGGAGAUCAGCUUGUGCGCUCUGGAGAUAAGCUGUUGUGCCUCUGCACGUUAAGUUACAGUCAAAAUUAUAAAUUUCUCUGGAGAUCACCGGGUUUCAGUUGAACCGCGUACAGAGGUUCUCAUGUACUUUUCUUAAUGUUCUUGAAUGAAACAACAAUUGAAUUAAAAUUUUAUGAAAUUCA